AUACAACCAUGUCUAAGCCAAAUUCACCAAAAGAAGGAGACAUUGCCCUUCCAGACGCCCUAGACACCCCCCCAGAGUUUCAAGAUGCAGACUUAUGUUCAGCCUCGGAUUCGGAUUCCCCAGUGGGCAAGAUAGAUGUGAAGACAGAGCCGCAGACCGAUCCCCCGGAACCAGCUUCCCCUGCGGAGAUCGAGGUUAAGAAGGAGGAGGGUGGGGAUUUGGAUAAUAUAUUCAAAGACGAGGAAGAGGACUUUUUCGGUGACGACGAUGAUGAUGCUGACCUCUUAGCAUCGGAGGUUGGGGCAGUGUAUGUUGCUGCAAGCAUCUUCUCUUAAACCGCCCGGGCCGGAGAAGAUUAUGGGCUAAUCGGAUUCUGAGUGAAGCUCAAUAGUGGCCGGAAGCGGACCUUCAGAUCCGCAGGUCAUGCUGGCAUUCUAUCAACGUCUGUUCCCGUUCCGUCCCUUCUUCCAAUGGCUCAAUCACUCCCCGGUUCCAUGCCAUGACUUUGGACAUCGUGAAUUUGCAUUCACUCUGCAGAGCUCAGCAUAUCUGCGAUAUCAAUCAUUUCCUACUAUGGAACUGUAUGCCCCCCCUUCCUCUUCUCCGCCAAGCGCCUAACGUUUCCCCAGACUCCGGAAAGAAAUCGUCCGCCUGAACCCCUCCCGUUUUGAAAUCGGCCCGGUAUAUAGUGCCAAUCCGCGAGACCGCAAGACACUACGUAAGAACGCCUUCCGCCCACUGAGCAAGGAGCUCGUCUUCGAUAUCGAUUUGACAGAUUACGAUGAGGUCCGCACCUGCUGUGAUAAAGCCAACAUCUGCAACUUGUGCUGGAAUUUCAUUACUGUUGCUAUCAAGGUGAUGAAUGCAGCACUGAGAGACGAUUUUGGGUUUAAGCAUGUACUGUGGGUGUACUCAGGGAGAAGAGGAGCCCACGCCUGGGUCUGCGAUAAGCGUGCGAGGUCGCUGGAUGACGCUAAGAGAAGGGCUAUUGCGAAUUACUUGGAAGUAGUGAAGGGCGGUGGACAAGCAGGGAAGAAGGUCAAUAUCUGGAGGCCUCUACAUCCGCAUAUUUCGUAAGUCUCUGGCCUCAGGAGCGUGAAGAAGAUAUAAACUCCUAACAAAGUACGUACGGGGGAACAGUCGCAGUCUAAACCUCCUAAGAGACCGUUUCGAAAGCGACAUCCUCCGUGACCAAGACCCCUGGAGUGACAACGAGAAAGCCGAAAAACUACUCCAGCUCCUCCCAGAUAAAAGUCCCUCCCCCCCUCCCCCCCCCAACCGUCGAAUUGAAAAAAAGCAAGAAGCUAACAUCCCCAGCCCUCAACGAUGCCCUCCGUAAAAAAUGGGACAACCACCCCAACCGCCCUAGCAUCAGCAAGUGGGCUGACGUUUACGGCGUAGCUGGAACCGGCGUAUCCAAGGAACUUGACAGCACCCGACUGAAAGAGAGCAGGGAGGAGGUAGUCCUCGAGUACAUGUACCCCCGCCUCGACGCUGAAGUCUCCAAGCACCUCAACCAUCUGCUCAAGAGCCCAUUCUGCGUGCACCCCCAGACCGGGAGGGUUUGUGUGCCCAUUGACGAAAGGGAUUUGGAGGCUUUCGAUCCCAUGACUGUGCCGACGGUUGUCGGAUUGUUGGGAGAGAUUGAUGCCUGGGAUAAGGUACAUAAAAGAGAGGGGAAGGUUGAUGGUAUGCUUUUGUUUUUCCCUCCUUCUUUGCCCCCUCUCGAGUUUGAUAAUAGGAGUAGUGCUAAUGGGGCUUGUAAUGGCAGAUUACGAGAAGACUUCAUUGAAGCCGUAUGUCGAUUACUUUAAGACCUUCGUGAAUGGUCUUCUCCAGGAUGAGGCGGCGGUGAAGCGAGAGAGGGAAGGGAACAGUGGAAAUUCAAUGGAGUUCUGAAUUAGAUUAUAUCUAUCCUCCUCCCCUUUGCUUGAUUCCG